UCAUUGAAGUGAUCCCAGACACUGACAAAAUGGUCUGCGGGAUGAAGGGAGUCACCCGGGGCCCCGACGACCCCCCGCCUAAGCCCCCUCUGGGACUCCUCAGCACAGACGACUUCCCAUUGGUCUACAAUAAUGUAUGUACCUGCUUUGGAUGUGAAGAUUUGAGGAAUUCUUGACGAGGAUUUGCCAUGACGAUGGAAUAAAACUGGAAGAAUGAUAAUGAAACACAUCAUCUGGUGACAGGCCACUUUAAAUUUGACUUGAUGGAAAGUACCUUCUUAGAUGCUUCAACAACCGGCAGUUUUCAGCUUUAUACACCAAAUUCACACUGCAUAAUGAAUUAAUUAUACAUUUCACCAAACUUGUGAAAAUGAUUUCAUGACAUUUUUUUAUGCUUGAUGAAAAGAAAGAAAAGCCAUCGGAGAAUACAAACUAUAAAACAAUACCAAGAAAGAGAAAGAAAGAAAUAUAAUGAGGACCUGAAACCAUUAGUGUUGAAAUCAUUUACACAUUAUUUUAAUAUAUGGAAAAGGUCAGUAAAAUGCUUCAGGGUUACUUCAUUCUGAUGUCUCUAAAGGGAAAUUGUGUUUUCUGUAUUAAAGCUAAUAUUUAAUAUUCCAGCCAUAUUCAAACCAUAAUGAUUGGACUUUUAAUAUCAGCAUUUAUCGGAUGUUGGCGUUGUUUGUUUGUAAUACUGGACUAGCUACCGACAUUAGUCAAUUUUGCUGAUGAGGCUCCCAAGGAUAUAGUUUGACAAGACAGCACCAAACAUGAGCUCCGUGGAGCCCGAGGUUUCCCAAGCUGUGCACCAGCUCCCUCCAUUAUUUUAGGGUGUUCUUUUCUAGGUGUAGCGAGGACCCCCAAGACGCUUGUACACUAGACCGCCGCAUAAGUUGUGACUGUCGAUGAGUUCGGUAAUAUUAAUGUCAUAUUGUGAGGCCGCUAUCACCUAAUCUAUGAUGUUCUUUGUGUCAACGAAAUAUAAGCCAAUACCAGUAAAAUAUCAAUUUUUUGAACAGCUCCAUUGGAACAGGAAAACUGUGGACAUGAAGGGAGAAAGUUACGAAGCUAUUUUGGAGAAGAGCCCAGGGUUCAAUAACCCCAACUGCAUCCAAUAUCUGUCUGAACUUCUUGGAAUCUCCAACAUGCACUGCACUAACUUUGUGUCAUUGAGGGGAGGAUUUUCGCCAGCGGAAUAUGCAGAUGAACUUCGUCAGGCCCAAGCCAGCAAGUGGGCAUUCCGUUCAGUAGCUGAAGGUAUCGAACAUUUCAAGGCAGGACGUCACUCUGAAGCCUUCCAAUGUCUCAACAAGGCCCUAAGCAUUGACCCAAGAAAUGUAGAAGGAUUAGUAGCGAGAGGCGCUUUAUACGCCAACAGUGGAACUUUCAAGAAGGCAAUAGAAGAUUUUGAGACAUCUUUGAAAUUGAAUCCGAAUCACGCGAACGCUAGGAAGUAUUUGGGAGAGACACUGGUUGCGCUCGGUCGCAGCUAUGAGGAUGAGAAUAAAAUCACGGAAGCUCAAAAGGCAUACGAGGAUUGUUUAGCUAUCAUACCGUUUCAUGAAGAAGCUCAGAACUCUUUGGAUUUCCUCAAAAGCAAGACAUCUACUACUAAGCCGCUGAUUGAACCGGCAGAGUUGUUAUUGCCCGGUUUGACUGGAGCGAAAUCAUUUGAAAUGAAGGAAACUAUUAAGCAGCUUUUAAAUCUAACUGAGAAGAAGGAGAAGAAAAAGAAGAAGAAGCGAGGCAAGGGUAAGAAGAAGCGGUCGAGCAGCUCAUCGUCCUCAUCCAGUGACUCGUCCAGUUCCAGCUCAUCUUCCGAAUCUUCCUCUUCAUCCUCGGACACUAGUGAUUCUGAAGGUCCCAACCGCAAGAAGAAACGCCGUACGCAGUCCAACAACAAGCGUCAACGUUCCCUCUCACCGCUGAGCAAGCGCAUGGCCAUGCUCGGCGAGACAGACGCCACACGGACGCACAACUCCCAGUUCAACCAUCCGUACGGCUACCAGCCGCCACCACCUCCUGUAGAAGAGGCUAACGCACCGGCGAAGUCACAGGCCGAUAUAGAUUAUGAGUUGAAGGUGCGGAAGUUCCUCGAGAUGACGAAAGAGGACUCUGACUACGAGGACAAAGUGCGCAACUUCUUAGAAGAGACGGCUCAGUACAAACGCAACAGGAAAAUGCAGGAGCUUGGCCAGCAGCAGCAACCGAGCGGCGACCAUGAGAAGAAGAAGAAAAAGAAGAAGGACAAAAAAAAGAAGAAAGAAUCAAAACGUAAACGCAAGGAGCAAGAGCGAGAGGAAAAGCGGAAAUCGAAGCUUGCGCGAUCUGCCGCCAACAACGAUUACAAUUUGCGAGAUUUGGACAACAUCGGCGACAAAAAACUAAGGGACGCUAUUAGAAAAGAAUUGAAAGGGAAAUCCAAGAGGGACCUCAGUUCAGAUGGCGAAUAUGAUAGAAAACACAGUGAUAAAAGGAUACUCGACGAGAUGCACGGCCUAGAAGAGCUCGAAUCCAAACUGAGCGCGUAUCACGUGAUGGUGGAGAACGCGAGCAAGCGCGAGCGCGGCUCCGUGAGUCCGCUCGACCAGGCGCCGCCCCCGCCGCUCGAGAAGCCCAAGUGGAAAAUGUCCAUGAGCGCCGUCAAAGACCCUAGAGUUCAGAAGAAAGAAAAGUCAUCCAGCAAGGGAUAUAAGGAGCAUUACGCAUUUGAAGACAGUUCCGAUGAUUCACAAGACCCGCCUAAGCCCCCGACGAGUGGCGACAAGAACGUGUCAGUGCGCCGCGCUAUGGCCAUGAAGGAGCCGCCGCCACUGCCGUCCUCGAAUAACAAGAACCGCGAGCCCGACCCGCCCGGCACCGAGCAGCAUCCUCCGGUCCGCAAAGGCAACAUAGUGCUGGACAAGUUCGGGUCGUUCCGGCUGGCGCAGGAGGGCGAGACGCCGGUGUCGGUGGGCGGGCAGCGGCCGGAGCAGUUCGUGACGCGCAUCAAGCCGCCCACGCCCGGCGCGCGCCGCCCGCGCAGCCCGCCCUCGCCGCGCCCGCGCCGCCGCUCCUCCACCUCCGACGACGCUAGGGACCAGAAAAGGUCGCGCAGCAGGUCGCGGCCGCGCAAGUACCGGUCGCGCUCGGGCUCUCGGUCGCGCUCGGCGUCGUCGGGCAGCGGCUCGGCGGGCUCGCGGCGGCGCCGCUCCGGCUCGCCGCGCUCGCGCUCGCGCUCCGACGCCUCGCGCUCCUACUACUCGCGCAGCCGCUCCCGCAGCCGCUCCGGCUCCAGGGAUGGAAGAUUCCGUCGCUUCAACCGUCGCGGCAACUGGCGCGGCCGCGGCGGCUUCGAGCGCGGCACGUACUACCGGCCGCGCUUCCACACCUUCAACGGCGCGGGGCGCGGACGCGGCCGCGGCGGGAACGACUUCCGCCGCGACGACCAGCGCCGCUUCCAGCAGGACUGGCGCGACAACCGCAGCCGGGGAGGACGGCCCUUCAGGCCUCGCCGUGGACAAGGGGGACGGGGGAGACCUUUCAGGGGAGGAUUCCGAGACUUCCGCGACCGCCGCGGCGGACGGUACUCGCGCUCGCGCAGCCCCGACAGGACGCGCCGCUCGCGCUCCUACAGUCCCGAACGGCGCGACAAGGAUAGAGACAGCUACUCCCGCUACUCUGAACGCGACAGCCACCGCAGCGAGGGCGAGUACGAGGAAGAGAGAUACGUGGACCGUAAGGAGUACGACGGCAAAUGGGCCGACGGGAACGAACCCGAAAGGAACCACACCGAAGAAAAGCCCGCUGAACCUGCCCCCAAAGAGUAACUCCUAUACCACCAACGUUUUAAACUUUCUAGGCUAUACUGUAUUGGUUAGGGUGCCGACUUCUUAUUCACUCGCAUUACCCGUUUUAACACAUCCUUGAGGUUUAGUUGUAAAUAUAGUUUUAUGAGUACUGUAGGUAUUUUCUUUAGUCAGAGAAUUUGGUGUCAAAAUUAACUGCAUUCAAUCAAUAGCUUGUCAUAUGUGACGUCCCACGGGCAAAGGUACCUUAUGGCGGGUAUGGAGUUAUGCAUACCCCAGUAAUCUACAAUAAACAAGCUAUCGAUAACACAAAAGAUCAACCUUCUAAGUUGCGUAGUUACAGAGAUAUGAUUUUUUUAAAAUAAUGUUGUGAAAUGAGCAACUUUACAAUAGAGAAGUUUUAAGUUUAGCCGCCUAAAAAACUAUGUUCCUGAAGUAAGUUACAUAGUUGACUACAAAUAAUAAUACCUUAUAUAUCUGAGAUUAAAAAAAUGUUGCGACUUGUUCUGUAAUGCAAAUAGAAACCUUUGAUAUCGACUGAUUUAUGUGUAUACUAACCAAUCUCUUGAAAAUAAAGUCUUAUUUCAUUUUCACGAUUGAUUGCAAUGAGCUCUCAAGAUUUAAAUUGUAUCUAUUAGAAAACGACACUGAGAGACAGUUUAAGCAAAAAGCAAUACCGAUUUAGAGGUGAAAAUGUAUUUUCUGACUUUUUCAUAUAAAAUCAGAAAAUUGAAUAUUUUUACUUUUAAUGUAACAAACAAUCAAUUUUUCUGAGCACAUAUGAAAGAAAUUCUAUCAUUCAAAUGAAAUAAAUCCUAAAACCCCAACUAAAUACUAUAUUUAACCCCUUAUGCCACUUUAAACUUACAUAACAAUUACAGUAUUUGCUCCAUACAUUUACGAAAAGGUACCUUAUGGAAAUAAAUCUAAUAAUACAUCACUACAAAACAUCAAUCACAUUGAAGUUUAUCUUUUAUGAAUAGAAAAUAUUAAUUUACAUUAAACUGCCACAAAUUUAAUUAGUUCUUCGUCAUAAUAAUCUUAAAAAAGACCAAUAAUUUGUAUGUAAUGAAAAGGUACCUUGUGGUUAAGUUACAUGAUGAGGCAUGAUGAUGAUGGAACAGUUAGGAUAAACUAAUAAUAUUUUGGGGUAAAGAUGGUAUAAAUAGUCUAUUUCUUAUCAAUAAUAUAUUUUGGUUGCCAUUGAAGACAAGCGGCAUUGAGGUUCAAUGACCUCAGAUAUUCCAUAAGGUAAUGCGUCGGGUAUUGGCAUUUUUCAGCAAACCAAUGGCUGAUUUAUUGCAUGCGACCAAACCAAAUGAAGAUUAUUCUAGUUAAGAAAGACUUGACGAGAGUUACUUUGGUAUAAUAGCAGGCUACUUGGAUUUGUAAUAUCGGUCGAUGUACGGUUAUAAUAUUUGCUAGGCGCCCCAACCAGAACUGAAAUUAUCAAAUUAGUUUUGCAGAAUGCUAAUACAGUUCUCUACCAAACUUCUUUUCCCGUAUUGACUAGUUUUUUUGGGAAUUUUCAAUCUUUUUUCCAUAAGGUACCUUUUCGACUAAACUCUGAGACGACAUUACUAGGCUUAUAACUAACUUAUAACAAAAAUAAAAACAGGUAAACAAACGUUACGCAUUAAGGUUUCAGAUCACACAAUAAAAAAAAAUUGAGCAUUUUUUCACCUCUUUACAAAACAUUUCAUAUCUCCGAAACUAGAAACCCUCAUAAGGUACCUUUUCCCGUGGAACGUCACAUAUUGAAGGCCAUUCCAUGUUGCAUCUUGUCAGAUGUGUGUUAAUUAAGACGGUACUAAAAAUAUUAAUAAAGAAUGAACACUCAA